UUCUUCCUGCUCUCUUCCAGUUCCAAUUGUCCAUAUGCUCUUUGCCUGAGCUCAGAUAAUCUCUCCUUCCUCUCGCUUCUCUGCAGUGUUGGAUCGCCGCUAUUAGAUUGUGUUAUGGGUGGAGCUUUCGCUGUUAGUGUGUAUAUAAAUUGAAUUUGGAGGCAGACCAUUUGCCCCAUGGAUAGUUCCUCGAGAAAACGUGGUAGGCCAAAGCUUUGCGUGACCAAGGAGGUUCUAGAGGAGCACAGGACGCAAAAACGCUUGCAGAAUGCCGCGCGUCGUGGCCAGUUGACUUCGCAAACAAAAAAAAUAAUAGAAGGGUACUACUGGUGAUAUCUAGGCUGGCCUCCUGAUAAGCUCCAGUGAAUGUCCUAUUGAUUUCUAGGGAGAAGUUUCCUCUUCCUGUUUCAGCUGACUUAAGGCGAAGAAAAAAUAUGAAUGUUUUGAGUUUAUUGUCUCGCUGACUUAUUUCUUCUCUGAAUAAAAUUUGUCGUCAAAAGUUUGUUAGGCUACGCUGUGUAAAGAUUAGGUAUGCAGCUUAGAGCGCAAGCUUUGAUCAUUCGGGCUUAUAAAGUUAAUAAAUCAUAACACAGCUCUAUUGUUUUAGGCUUACAAAAUUAUAUGUACAUCAAUGGAUAAAACUUUUAAUUUAUUAUGAAAUAAAAAACGCAAGUAAGCCAGUGAAGCUUGUAUUAGUGAUUUCCCAGCCAAUAAAAUGGUUUGAUUUGCCAUUGGCUCACAAAUCAUUGACAAUGAGUGAGCAGAACUGAGAACACAUUCUAAGUCUGAGGUAUCUAUUGCCUACGGUUUUAUAAAGAUUCUGGCAUUUAUAUGCAGGGUCAGCCACCAGGACAUCUCAGGCUGCAAUUCCUCAAGGUUCUACGACGGACAUGCGAGGCGACAAUAGUGGCGGUGAUGGAAGGCGAGGGAUGGUACUACAAUUGUUGCCCACGAUGCGCCCGCAAAGUACAGACUACUGAGGGGAAGUAUUACUGCACAUUCUGCUCUAAGGAGGCCGGAGACUUCAAGCCACGGUUCAGACUUACCGUCCGAGUGGAAGAUUCAACAGCCCAAACAACUUUCACCCUCUUCAAUAAGGAGGCGGAACAGAUCGUCGGCAUACCAGUGGACAAAAUUAUCGACGAGCUUCCAGAGGGCACUAACAUUGCAGAAAUACCCCCGGUCAUUAGGAACAUAAUUGGAAAGCGUUGCGUGUUCGAUGUCAAGAUUAAUGAAUAUAACACUGUCUGCGGUUACGAAGAUUACACGGUGUUUCGCCUUAAACUAAGCCACCAGACGGAACAGGCCUCCACCAGCAACAAAGACAACACAGACAACUCAAAGAAACAGAGGGUCAACUGAGGAGGUCCAGGAACAGGCAAAAUCAAACACUACAAACCACGAUAGCAUCGUCAGCUUAGUUAUAUUGCACAUUCCUUAGCAACAUUACACUAUGCACUAGAUCAUCUACUACACAUGCAUCAGAACUUUAAACACAUGCACAUAUUUCUCUUGCUUCAGCAUUUUAAGCCUUCACAAAUAGCAUUACUUAAGAAUAUGUUCUUUUAGUGUUUAUAAUAUAUGGCAGCAAUACUUCAUGUCAUUAUUAUCGAUGAUUCCGCUAAAUUAGAUUC